AUGCCUUUCGCGCGUUUGCGGUUCGGACCAGUAAUUAGCUCAUCUGAACACGCACCGCCCGAGGCAGCCCUGGAGAGAUUCUUCGCGGAGUCGCGAAGUAACGCGAGGAGCAAAUUUGGCUGCCAACAAUGUAAGUCAAAGCGUGUCAAGUGUGACGAGUCUCGUCCGACAUGCAAGCGAUGCGCGCGGCAGGGUCUGAUUUGCUCUUCGACCCCACCCCUCACAAAGUGGCAAGUGGAGACGCCCUGGUUCUCCCUGAAAUGCGACACAAUUGUCAAUCGAAGAUUGCUACAAUACUGGCUGGAGAGAGUUAGUCAGAUGCUGGUGAUCGACCCUGAGGACAAUCCGUAUUCGUUCCCCGCCCUCGAAUAUAUACUCCAGUCGCCCGCCCUGAUCCAUACUAUCCAAUCACUCAGCGCCAACCACGAACAAUACUUCCCCACACUUGCCCCUAUAGUUGCGCUCGAAGAACGGGGCAAAGCUCUGGCAUGCCUUCGGAAAGAGGUAGACCAGAACCAGCGGCCACCGCAAGCAUUUCUUCUAACAGUGAUGCUGAUGGCAUUAGCCCACGGCGCUGAUUGUAACAUGAACGAUUAUGGCAAGCAGCAUUUGAUUGCCGCGCGAAUCAUGAUCAACAGGAUGCUCCAGAACACCUCUUCCCUCAUGGAUGACGAGCCUCUCGCCCGGCUCUGUCUCGGAAUGUAUCUUUACUGGGAUAUGUGCACCGCAUUCCUGCUAGAUUCAGACGAAGAGCGGCGGAUCAAUUCGCUUAAUAUGUCAAUUGCCAUCCACAGAAUGGGUAACUGGCACCACCCAAUGUAUGGACCGUGUACCGAACUCCUCUUCAUUUUGGGAAAUGUGGGCCGGUACUGCCGGCGGAUCCUUGACUCGCAGCAACGCAACUUCGCACAGGAAGCCAUGUUGGAGCAACAACUAUGCUGUUGGAAGGUAUAUCCCCCAAACAUCGGCUUGGGGCAUCUAUAUGAAGCGCUCCGCAAACAUGGCCUUAUUUUCCUGUAUCGAGCCAGUGGGCAAAAUGAUCAAUUCACGAAUCCGGAUUUGAUGCUUCAAAGCCGGGACUCCUUGAUCAAAGACUAUGCCGAAGAGACUGUCCGCCACCUGAUGCAGAUACCUGCAACCUCAAACUACCUGAAUUUCCAAUCUCUUCCGCUUCUUGCGGCUGGGUCUGAGCUGCCUGGUUCAAGAAACCUUUUGCGAGCCCAGGUUCGCGAGAGACUUCGGGCCGUAUAUUCGCUGAACCGGCUUCCUGCAAAUCUUCACACCCUUCAACUUCUCGAAGAAUUGUGGAAUGCCCGAGAUAACGGUAAUCCAUCAUUCUGGCUAUACCACAUGCUACAAAAGAAUUGGCGUUUGCUCCUAGGAUGA